AUGAGAGCACCGCUAUUCACUCUACUCCUUUUCAUUCUCACCUUAAGAAAACAAUCAGCUGGAGAAAUUUGGGAGCAAGAUCUGUCCAUGGACAUGCAGAUUGGUGCAUCCACAGAGGGAUACGACCGGAUUGCUUUAUAUUGCGGAGCAGACGAGAUGGCGGUAGAGCUUCAAACGUCUUUAGAUUUUUCUGGAGUGAUUUACACACAAGGUAGCUUUCAUUCCAGGCAAUCUCCAUGUUUCUUGGACCCUAUUCUAGGAGGUACAUUCAUCAUAAAUAUUCCCUUCAACGAAUGUGCCACUGAAAAAAUUGGCAAUAGGUACAAGAAUAUUUUGAUCCUCCAGCACGAUGAUGAGCUAAUUACGCCAGGUGACGCUGCCUUCGUCUUGAAAUGUGACUUUUCCAAAGUCGGACUAAAUGAAACUGAUAAAAAAAUGGGCAAGUCGAGUAUAUCUUUGGUGGAUGCUGACCCAGGCAGGGAUGAGAUGAAGAGGUUUGACUACGUGGAAAGCGAGACCAACAGGGUCGUUUUUAUGCCUCAUGGGGUUCUUAGGAUCAAUGAUGAAUUGUAGAUCAUUGUCUGACAUGAGGCUAUGAGAAAAAUUUGGAAAUCAAGUUAAAUGCACUGUGCCGAAAAUUUUUG